AACUAUACAAAUCCUAGUAUUUGUAUGUUUAUGGCGGCAAUCACCACGAUGCCUGCUGGAAGCCUGCACGCACGUAUCGAUAGGCUUUUUGAACUUUCUUUCUUGCUUAGGGCUCUUAAAUUGGAAAUACGUCGGGCGUCUAUCAUGGACAUUCUUCAACAUGCCGACUCUGCCGAGUGGUGAAGUCAACACCGCCGCAUUCAUUUGUAGACGUGAAGCUUGGAUGUUCCAUGAAUACCCUCGCCCUGAAAUAACUACACGUAUGACGUUGGUGGUGUUCCAUACGCUGUAAGUAUAUAUAUUU